ACUCGAUGCUCGACUUCCGACCCUGACCAAGGAUUGUUAUUGCGCCAGAAACUGACUCCCGACCCUAACCCAGGUUCCGACUCUCGACCCCUGAUCCCAACCUGAGAUUUGAUUGUCAACUCCAACCCAACUCCUGACCUCGACAUCGACCCUGACUCCCAAACUAAACCACGACCUCGAUCGAGAUCCGAUACCGAACCCCGAGAUCUGACUACAGACUCCUGACCUCAACUCGGGACCCAACUACCUGACUCCUACCCCGAUCCAGACCCCAACCCCAAGAUCUCACUACACGCCUUUUCUUCUAGAAUCUAGUCUAGACAAAUAUCUAUAAUUUUAUAUUUUUAGCUAUUUCGAUAGAUGCCACUCCCAAAAAAAAUAAAGAGGAGUCGUUUUUUUUUUAAUUCUCUAUAUAAAUAGUCCUUCCCGCUCACUUGCCAGUUCUCUUCCAACUAGCUCUGUGUAAACAAACGAUCGACAAUUGCCCUUAAUUUCCUUCUGUGUGUAAAGCCCUGAUUUCUCUCUGCUUUCUGGGAAAAUGGAUCCUUCAAUUUCAGAAGACCAAAAGACUAUAGCUUCAGAUGGUAGUGGUCUUCUCUAUGUGAAGUUUGAGAGGCAUUGUUUGAUGGAAAGGCUUCUAGUUAGGGUGAAAAAACGUGAGAAGAAACAAAAGAAAAGGCCAGCUUUGACGUGGGAAGAAUGGGAAGAAGAAAAUGAUACAUGCCUUCUUGAGAAUUAUUCAGAUGAUUUAGACUUGGAUAUUCUGAACGUGUCUCUUUCUGAAACUGCCGAGCCACCAUCAGAUUUGCUCUCGCCACUGUUGAAGUACCAAAAAGAGUGGCUGGCUUGGUCAUUAAAGCAAGAAGAAUCUACAUUCAAAGGAGGUAUUCUUGCUGAUGAAAUGGGAAUGGGGAAGACGGUUCAAGCCAUAGCACUUGUGCUUGCUCAACGCGAAUUAAAGAAACAUUCCAGUAUAUUGUCGUCUUCACCCAGUGCUUCCCAGGAACUCCCAACAGUAAAAGGAACUCUUAUUGUAUGUCCUGUGAUUGGAGUAAUGCAAUGGUUUUGCGAGAUUGAACGUUGCACCACUAAAGGUAGCAACAAAACCCUUGUUUAUCAUGGCGCCAACAGGGAGAAAUGUACAUACAAACUGGAGGAAUAUGAUUUUGUCAUUACUACAUACUACACUAUUGAGGCUGACUAUAGGACAAAAAAGUCAAAGCAUAACAGCAAGAACUCAAAACCUCGGGUAGAAAUAAUGGACCAGAAAACAGAUUCUACAGAAAAAUUGAGUGAUGAUGGUUCUGUUGAUAUUUCAUCCAGUGUUGGUGAAGAUGUGUCUAGGAGAAGGUCAUUUUUGCAUUCAGUGAAGUGGGAUCGCAUCAUUUUGGAUGAGGCAAGUCAAACAUUAUGCUGCAUGAUAUUGUACUUUCUGCCUGAUCUAGCUCAUUAUCUAAAGGAUGCGGACUGCAACACGGCAAGAGCUGUUCUUGCUUUAGAAUCUUCAUACAAAUGGGCCUUAACUGGUAUACCCCUGCAGAACCGUAUGAAUGAAUUGUACUCAAUUGUUCGUUUCUUACAAGCUAAGCCUUACGCUUAUCACUUUUGCAAAGAUUGUGAUUGCAAAGCACUUGAUUAUAGCUUCUCAACUAAGUGUGCACAGUGCCACCACAAACCUGCACGCCACUUUCUCUGGUGGAAUAGAUAUAUUGCAAAACCUUUAGAAUCAAUUCAAUCCAAUGCGACUGGUAGAGAUGCGAUGGUUUUGUUGAAGCACAAAAUUCUGAAAAAUCUAUUGCUAAAACGUACCAAAAAGGAGAGAGCUGCUGAUCUUGCACUUCCCCUGAAAACUGUUACUCUGAGAAUAGAUUCUUUGGAUGUGAAUGAAAAGGCCUACAACCAACAACUGUUAGAAGAAACCAUUGCAAAGUUGGAGAAAUAUCCUAGGGAUGGAACUCUGAGAAAGAACUAUCGCUCUAUAAAUACACGCCUACAGAAGGCAGUUGAUCAUCCUUUCCUUGUGGAACAUAACGUGGAAAAAGGAGUUUCUAAUUCUGAACCUACUGUCAAAGGUUUUAGAUCCUCAAGUAUAUUGAACAAGAUUCACCUCAAUGAUUUCCGGACAAGCACUAAAAUAGAAGCUCUGAGAGAAGAAAUUAUGUUCAUGUUUGAAAGAGAUGGCUCUGCAAAAGGAAUAGUUUUCAGCCAGUUUACACCAUUUUUGGAUCUGAUACAAUAUUCUCUUCAGAAGUCGGACAUCAAAUGUGUUCAAUUAGUUGGAUCCACAUCUGUUUCUGCAAGAUAUGCAGCAGUUACCAGAUUUACUGAGGAUCCAGAUUGCAGGAUAUUGCUUACGAGCUUCAAAGCUGGAGGUGUUGCCCUCGAUCUUACAGUUGCAUCACAUGUUUUCUUGAUGGAUCCCUGCUUGAAUCCUGAUGCAGAGCAGCAAGCACAAGAUAGAGUUCAUCGAAUAGGGCAACAUAAACCAGUCAGGAUUGUGAGAUUUAUUAUCAAGGAUACAAUAGAAGAAACGAUCUUAGAGUCGCAAGAGAAGAAGAAAUAUCUUCAAAGGAUGAUCAGUCAUUCUUUUGAGGCUUGGAACAAACUGGCAUUCGAGGAGUGGCAAUGGUUAUUUGAGAGAGAUUUUCUUUAG